AUGCUUGUAAAUCACAGCAAUGAACUCAUUGGCCAUCUCUCAGAUUCUGACUGCCCGGUCGAGUGUGAAAAAGAAUUGGCUUUGCUCGUCUUCGACGUUAAACAACAUGUUGCAGAGAUUAAGAAAGGCAAGCAAAAGGAGAAAUAUUAUUCAAAGCACGUGGGUCAUGUCGAGAUCCAAAUCCAGGCUGUGGGUGUGAGUGUGAUUGUUUCCGGCGCGAACAACCCUGCACAUAACGUUAUAUUUGCUUUGGCUGCAUCCAUCGCUGCUGUGAAUGUCACGGUGCUUGCUACUACAAUCGACUCCAACAAUGCCUUCAUUGCACUGUUGAAGAGUCUCUGGAGGCGGUAUCUCGAUCCCGAUUGUCUCUUUCUUGUGACUGGGAUAAGAGAUUUGACCUUGGAUAUGGGAGAUAUCCAUAUGAUGACGAUUUAUGAUGAUGCAAGGAACAACUAUGCUACCGCCCUCGAAUCUCCGAAAGCGCGUUUUGUUCAGACAACGAUCACGGCAACCAACCUUGCUGUGGUCACUGAAGGUCACAAAGAUUGGCAUUCAAUUGCCAUGGACGUCUGUCACAUCUCCUCAAUGCGUACUUCCUCCUACCGCCGACUCAAUGCCAUCUUUAUAAAGAAGGAUGACAUGGAUCAGUGCGAGCGGGCCUUCAGCAAGGGCCCCAAUUUGAAGGGAGCCACAAUUAUGUCUCCGCAGGUUAUACUGGACAUGACCCAGGAAAACAUUGCAAUAAAAGGUCUUGAACUUCGCCUUCAGUCUGCAGCGGAUAUUGGGCAUUUGCUGAUUAUUGUUGUUAAUUCGCUUGAGCAAGCUUUCGAUUCAAUGAUCAAUGUCAACGCUCUCAUCCAUCAAUUGGCGAUCUUAGGACCACGAGCCGACGAUGUCGCAAUUUAUAUUAAUGACUGGCUUGAGGUAAAUAUCAUCUCUGUCGGCUUCCAUUUCCCAGUUCUGCUCCCUAGUAAGCACUAA